CCGGUUUUGUCUCUGCGAAAGGACUUAUGGGAGAAUCGUGACGUGGUGCUUCCUCUUUGUCCUAAAAGACGAGUCAUCAACAUGGUUCAAGCAGCCUCUUCCACAACUGUCGGAUCUGGCAGAUCCGGCUCAAAAUCUGUCACCCCUCGUUCGUCUGGCGGAACACAAGUAAAGCAAAGGAAAGGUGGAAGUACUGCCCCAGCAGCAAGAGCUCGAUCAGCAGCCAGCAGUAGUGGAAUGUGGAGAUUUUACACUGAGGAUUCUCCAGGACUCAAAGUUGGCCCUGUUCCUGUGUUGGUCAUGAGUUUGUUAUUCAUUGCUUCAGUCUUCAUGCUUCACAUCUGGGGAAAAUACACGCGAGGAUAGCUGCUGACUACAAAUGCAAUUGUGUUUACAUUUAAAAUGUCAGUUAGACAUCAGAAGAUCUUCAAUUGAUACUGUCUCAAAGCAGUGCAGACUUCUUAUCUUUUACAUAUUAUAUUAUAAAUCAAGUAUCCAUAAGAACCUCAAUAAAGAAUAAAACUCUUUCAGUUUC